GGGGGCACCAAGAAGGCGAACUCGGGGCUUCGGCGUCCCGAGAAGCCGCCGUACUCGUACAUCGCGCUCAUCGUCAUGGCCAUCCAGAGCUCCCCCAGCAAGCGCCUGACGCUCAGCGAGAUCUACCAGUUCCUGCAGGCGCGCUUCCCCUUCUUCCGCGGCGCCUACCAGGGCUGGAAGAACUCGGUGCGCCACAACCUCUCUCUCAACGAGUGCUUCAUCAAGCUGCCCAAGGGCCUUGGACGGCCCGGCAAGGGCCACUACUGGACUAUCGAUCCGGCCAGCGAGUUUAUGUUCGAGGAGGGUUCUUUCCGCCGCCGGCCGCGCGGAUUCAGGCGGAAGUGCCAGGCGCUCAAGCCCAUGUACCAUCGCGUGGUGAGCGGCUUGGGCUUUGGGGCCUCGCUGCUGCCCCAGGGCUUCGACUUCCAGGCGCCCCCGUCGGCGCCUCUUGGCUGCCACGGCCAGGGCGGCUACGGUGGCCUCGACAUGAUGCCCGCAGGCUAUGAUGCCGGCGCCGGAGCCCCGGGCCACGCGCAUCCGCAUCACCACCACCACCACCACGUCCCACACAUGUCGCCCAACCCGGGCUCCACCUACAUGGCCAGCUGCCCCGUGCCCCCGGGUCCAGGAGGCGUCGGUGCAGCCGGCGGCGGUGGUGGUGGCGGCGGCGGGGACUAUGGGCCGGACAGCAGCAGCAGCCCAGUGCCUUCAUCCCCAGCCAUGGCGAGCGCUAUCGAGUGCCACUCGCCCUACACGAGUCCUGCGGCGCAUUGGAGCUCGCCCGGCGCCUCGCCUUACCUCAAGCAGCCGCCCGCCCUGACGCCAAGCAGCAACCCCGCGGCCUCUGCAGGCCUGCACUCCAGCAUGUCCUCCUACUCGCUGGAGCAGAGCUACUUGCACCAGAAUGCCCGAGAGGACCUCUCAGUGGGACUGCCUCGUUACCAGCAUCACUCAACUCCAGUGUGUGACAGAAAAGAUUUCGUCCUCAAUUUCAAUGGCAUUUCUUCUUUCCAUCCUUCGGCAAGUGGGUCUUAUUAUCACCAUCACCACCAGAGCGUGUGUCAGGAUAUUAAGCCCUGUGUCAUGUGAAUGGACAAAGGCCACAUGAAGGCCCUCUCUCUUCUCUUUUCAUCUUCCACUAAGGGGCAGAUAGGAACUUCGAAGGACUCACACAAUGUGCACGCGGAUAGCAGUAAGUAGCACUCUGUCACUUAGCCUGAAUGCCCAGGAAAGCCUCGUAUGCUGAUUUUUUUUUUUUGCCUACCAUUGGAAGAGAGAAAACCUUGGCAAGAUAAUGCACCAGAUGAGGGAGAGCAUGAACUGAGGGAUGGUAACAAGUUACCACAUGUAAAACAUAAACUUAUAACUCUGGGAUGGCCAUUGCCUUCAGUAAUCAGGGUCUGAAAAAAAGCAGACAAGUUGCGUGUAUGUGUGUGUUUUUUCUUGGUCUAUGAAAACUUGUGUGCUUUUCAAAAAGGCAGUGCUAAGCACAAGAUUUCAAGAAAGCCUCAUCUUGUUGCCUAGCUAGUUAGGAGAAUUCUGCCCCCCUCCCCUCAAAAAAAAAAAACACUAGGUUUGUAUACAGGUGCCAAAGAACAUUAUGAAGAAAUGAUUUAGAACCAACCACAUCUAUUUUAAGAAAAUGGUUCUCAGUAUUGUGACAAUACAACAUUUUUACAAGGUUGUUUUCUACCACCGUAUUUUAAAGAUAUUUUUAUGAUCUUCGUGUAUACUCACACUUUGCUUGUAUUUUAAAAGGAGGAUAUAUUUGCACUUAUGUAUACUUUUACAGUUUGCCAAAAAUAUUUUGAUGUAAAAUUUUUUUUUCAAUAAAAUGUAUAUAACAAGUAGUUGUUUUAGGGAUCUGUUUCCUCUACAGGCACCCUGCUAUGGAUGGAUCAGUGGCCAGGUUCUCCCCCACCCCACAACCCUCAUCCAGCGUUGCAACUCUACCCUGCCCACCCCCACACUGUAUAAUUGAUGUGGUGUGGGGUCUGUGCCUUGAGUAACACAGGCCAGGUUGUGAUUGUGGGUCUUCUCAGGAGAAAAAAAGAGGGAAUGCUUUCUGUUAUUUGUUUCUCUACUUCACCCUCACUUUUUUUUUUUUCUGGCUAAACAAAAAACAGAAGGUGAAAGGAACUUAAAUGAAAACCAGGAAAGAUAAUGAAAGGCGGACAGUCUGAUUUGAGGAAUCAAGCUCCGUGUCCCUUUUGUUUUCUUUCCUGUGCCCCAAAAGAUUUCUGUUCUUUAUUCUUUCCUCCUCCUCACCAGGUGGAGGUGACAGAUGUGGGGGCAGAGUGGUAAGCCAUCAUCUAGCACCUGUGUGAUUUGGGCUUACCGGCCCAGUGAGGGUAAGGUGCCCAAAGGACGGGGCCUGCGUCUUCUUGGCAGGUUGCAGUUGUAUUAUGGCUGGUGACGGUACUGAAGAGUUCUUGGGGAAGGCUGCUGAGGGUUAGUGAAGGAAAUUCCAAGCAUCUGGGGGUUUAAAGCUGGCACCCAGCUUUAACAGAGGUUUCGCUCAGGGGUUCCUUUAACCCCCUUUUUUCCUUCUCUUGUUGGGCUUCCCAAUCAUGAAUACAACACAAAGAGCUGGUAAUGCUCUGGAUUAAAAAAAAAAAAAAA